CGCUUCCCGCACGCAGCAGCUAGCGGAAGCUUCAGAUCCCAGGAUGAGCCAGGAUCGGAGGAGGAGCGGCUGAGGAGGCAGCCGGCGAACCCCGACGGCCAGGGCCAGGACCGACCGGGCGGCGGCGGCGGCGGCCCCGUCCGCUACGGCGAUGUGUUCGACGUGGAGGGCGAGCUGGCGAGGACGCCCAUCGCGCCGCAGGACGCGGCCAUGAUGCAGGCCGCGGAGAACGCGGUGCUCGGACGGGCGCCCAGGGGCGGGACCGCCGCCGCCGCCAUGCAGUCCGCGGCCCGGCGCAACGAGCGCCGCGGCGUGGUGGCGCGCGACGAGGCGGCCACCGACGGCGCCGCCGCCGAGUGCGGCGUCGCCGUCACCGAGGCGCGCGUGCCGAGCGCCCGCGUCGUCACGGAGUUCGUCGCCGACCAGCCUGUCGGGCAGUACACUGAGGCGGCGGAGAACGACGCCGCAGAAGCAGCUGGCGAACUCGGAGGCGGCGGGCCAGCAAGCAUGGUGAGGGACGGGACGAAGAUCACGAUCGGCGAGGCGCUGGAGGCGACGGCGUUCUCGGCGGGCGACCAGCCCGUGGAGCCGAGCGACGCGGCGGUGAUCGCUGCGGCGGAGGUGCGUGCGACCGGGACGGAUGAGGCCCCGCCGGACGGGCUUGCCGCGCGAGCGCGCGCGGCCGUGGACGCCAACGCCUUCGCGCGGCGCGAAGAGGACAGGGCCACGCUACGCGACAUCCUCGCGGACGCGACGUCGAGGCUGGGCACGGACAAGGAGGUGGAGCGGGAGGACGCGGCGCGGGUGGUGGGCGCCGAGGUGCCGCGCGGCGGCCCCGACGCGGCGGCGCGGCCCGGCGGGGUGGCCGCGUCCAUCGCCGCCGCCGCGCGGCUCAAUCGCGGCCGGCAGUGAUGAUCCCCAGUAGGGGUGCUCAUCGAAUGUAAUUGGCACUCAAUUGCGUCUGCAAUUGGCACUCCAUGGCCUGUAUACACCCUCCCAGUAACUUAAC